CUACCACAACCCUUUCCAUUCUUGUUACACUCCUCCGACUGCACUUCACACAACUGCUGUCCUGCUCUUCGCACUUUUCUCUCAAUCUCAAUGCCUUCCCCAAAGCGUACCUACCCACUGCUUUUGAACCGGUCACCCACGUACCAGGUGCCCUUGGAGGUCCUACGUGAAAUGGCCUAUUUGGUUCACGAGUCCAAGAUAAAAGGGAAAGCCUCCCGGGGUGAUGCCAAUGUGCCGACUGAUUCGAAGCGAUUGUCGCUUGAUCAUUCGUUGGCAAAGGCCAUAAAAGCUUCUAAGCGCGACAAAAAGCAAGGUAUUUAUGUCUUUCCUAUUCUCUAUAAGACAGCCAAGGUCGUGUCUUAUGACGGAUGCAACGCUCGAGAUGGAGCUCCAGAGCAAGCCAAGGCCUCUAAAGUCCGACCCUCCAUCCACGGCCAGCACCUUCGCCGGGACCCAGUUUCGAGUCCUAAAGCCACGGUCAAGGGUGCGAACUCAACCAAAUCCGCUACAGACACCAGGGACUUUGGCAAGGAGCCUACACCCCUGACCCCUGAUUCUAUCGAUACUGCUGCGAAUGGUCAAGGAAUUUCAGAUGCCUCAGAGAUCGCCAACCCGAGCCCUUCCUUUCCAGAGACCAUGAGCCCUCAAUCGUCUCCCGUCUCCCAGGGCUUCACCAAAUACUUUGGUGGCACCCCAGCUGGAUUCCCAGUCGCAGCCGAGCAAAAGCACUUCGCUUCGCCUGAAGACCUUGAUAUCGAAUUAUUUAUUGAGGAUGUCGCUGAACGUCCUGGCAUCCUAUCGUUGGAACAGCCCCGACUCGAUGUAUCUGGCUUUUGCGCUCUUUCUGGAUCCAAUCCAUCAAAGCCUCCGGUACCCGCUCAGACCUCCGAGUCUCCAUCUGCCUCUCAGCCCAUUCAAUUGUCACGUUCUAAUAGUCAGCAUCGUGCUGGCGAGGGCAACCAGAUCCCCACACACGGUGGUCAAGGUAGUUCUGGCGAUGGAAAUGACGAUAGCUCAGGGCUUGGCAACAACCAUCCCACAAGCAGCAGCCACGGUCAUGGCGAUCAGACUACCAAAGAAAAAGAUGGCGAUGAUGACCAAGAGGACAAUAAUGGUGCUCAACGACCGUUGAGCCCUCCGGGCCCGGGUUUUUGUCAGGCCCAGUCGAUUUGUGCGGCCCAUGCAGCUGCUUGCGCCGCUUCUGCUGCUGCGGCGGCGAAUUUUGCGGCGGCCUCAGCCCAAUCGGCAGCUACCGUGGCUUCCUCAGCCCUGACUUUUGAACUUUCGGUCAAGGCGGCCAGAUCGGGCCGAACAAAGGAGGCGCUUAGUCCACCUGCACAGACGCAGACAUCUGCCUCUACGAGUCCGGGAUUUUCGCCUAAUUCUCUUCAAGUCCGAUCAUCUCCUGCGACGAGCUCCAGAUAUCCACCCAUCCCUCCUGCUCACGACUCCGGAGAACAGACAAUCACGAAAGUCUCCAGUCCUAUAGCCUACGUUGAUUUGUUGGAGCUAGCCCACCACAGCGGUCUUUUGGACGAUCAUCUUUUCAAUGAGCUUUAUGAAAGGGCAGUUAAUGACCUUACGGUUCACCAUCCUGAUAACGCUGAGCGAGGGCGACGAUUGCGCGAGAUCGCUAGUCGUCGUUUCCCCGAUGUUGGCAGCACUGCCAAGGACUUGACUGCUUUGGACCAGCAACAUGUACCCCAUGCGUCUCAUCGAGGCAACUCUUCUUCAACCGCUUCGAACCAGUCAACUACACUCCACAAUGCCGACGCCAAUUCAUCGUCUGGCUCCAUGAUUCUCCACCAACCCACUCCACCGCCACUUUCAUAUGCCACGCCAGCUCCAACGUCCCUUCCAUACCGUCCAAAAUUAGAUAGUCGUGAUCGUGAUGCCAGCAGAAGCAGUAGCAGCAAACAUAGUCGUGGAGACCUACAGGACAGACAAUUCAGACCAUAUCCGGAUGCCAGUACCAAGCACUUUCGUUCAGGAGCCCAACCUGUUCCGCUUAUUCUGUCUCCACCGAGCGCAUUCUCUGCAAAGGCGAUGCGGGCCGCAUCUCAGGCUCACAAUGCGUCCUCGCGUAAUGUCUCGCCGAUGGCACAUUCUGCUCGGCCUCAAAGCGCGAGUUCGGGUGGCAUCGCCAGAGUUCAGCCCUCAUCAGGUCGAACCACUGAAUACCAAGGAAGAUCGGAUCCAAAGACCCCAUAUACUGUUGAAGAGCCCGAAACACAUUCCCCUCCCCCUCGAGUGCCACGGGCGACUCAGCCUAGUAGACGACAAGACGAGCCUGGAGGAAGCAAUGAAGGGGAUUCGGCUUCGACUGCCAUGGUACCGUUCGAGCAAUCCAGACCUACAAAUCAACUUCUUAAACCGGCACUUAAGACGCGACUGAGAAACGAUCGCAGCGGUGGCCACGAUGUCGACGGGGUCAGUAAUAAUAGUAGCAGUAGCAGCAGUGAUAAUGGUGACGAUCAAUGGAAGAGACGAGGUCACCGCAAGCGCCGAAACCGCCUUCUCUCGUUCAAAAAUGCAGGGGAUUUCCAGUAUUUCAACUCUCGCGAGUCACCUAGUCGGGCUACAAAAACCUUUACCACACCCAUUCGUCAGCCUAUCCGGUCUGCGCUGAAGGAGCCCACCACAACCAGUGCAAGUACCGCCGGCGGCGCUACCGACAACACUCCUCGACGCACCAGUACCGAAAACAACGAUACUAAGGAUGGCGCCGUGGAUAAAAAAAGUCGACAAAAGCAGAGACUCCGCUGUUCCUUCAACGCCAUGGAGGAAAUCCAGUGCUACAGGCCCAUCGACAUCCCUCACCAGGCCUCAACCUCUGUAACCACUCCAAUUGUUCGCCAUGAGACGUACCUGAGCCGCGAAAGCGGCCGCCGUAAGCUUUGGAUGGUCUCUGAGAUGAGACGCUCGCGACAUGAAUUUCAGCGUCGAAUGCGUGCCACACAGCGCCUAGCGGAUAUCAAAGGAAUGGAGAAAGAAAGAGCCUUGAUCGAAUGGCGCCGGGCGGAGGAGGCACAACAGGAAAAAUUGGAGGAGGAACGAGCGAAGGCGGCUGCCAUUGAUGCCGGGGGCAAUAAGUCUCUUGGUUCCCAAGGCCCGAGUCGGGCUCAAGGACGACGCCUGUGGGCCUCUUCUGGUGCUAGGUCGGACCCCGGUAGCUCGAGGGGUGAGAGCGCCUCUGAGUGUGACGAUGAUAGCCCUGGAGGCGACGAUCGAGACGACCGCGACGGAGAUGGAGGCGAAGGUGACCAUGGAAGCGACGGGAGUAAUGACGACAGUGGGGAUGAAGAUCAUGACAAGGACGAUGGAUUAUUGGAAGUAGGCGAGGAAGGAGCGGAAGAAGUGGACAGGGACAAAAAAGAAAAAAAUCAUAGCGAAGAAGGAGAGGAAGAUGAAGAGGAGGAAGAACAGGAGGAGGAAGAACAGGAGGAGGAGGAACAGGAGGAGGAAGAACAGGAGGAGGAAGAACAGGAGGUGGAAGAAAAAGAAGAAGAAGAAGAAGAAGAAGAAGAAGAAGAAGAAGAAGAAGAAGAAGAAGAAGAAGAAGAAGAAGAGGAGGAGGAGGAGGAGGAGGAGGAUGACGAGGGAGAUGACGAUGGGGAGGAGGAGGAGGAGAAGAAGGAUGACGGUUUCGGCAAUAUCUUUGACGACGAGGAUGAAGGUCGUCCGGGUGAUUUUGACGGUGGUCAUAAAGACAAUGCUAGCGAGGAUGAAGAAGCCUGCAUGGACUCUACCGACGACGAUGACCACACCCAUGACGGCCAGAAUCUGCAUGACUCCGGCGUACCCGAAGGUCAAGGACAAUCCUCUGAUAUGGAUGCCGAUAACGAGACGGAGGAUUGCGCCUCACAAAACCCUGGCUCGCGCAGCCUCCUUCGCGCUAGCAGCAAGUUCGACGACUCUGGGGACGAUAAAAGCCGGCCGCACGACAUUAUCGAAAUUGACCUUGACAGCGAUAUCGAGACCGAAGACAAAGUCCGGCCACGCAACGGUCCCACUGGUUUAGAUGCUUGUCCAGACACCCCAUCAAGCCCAAGUCUAGAGCCCUCCGAAGACAAGGCUAGCAGCAGCAGCAGCAAUUCUUCGUUCCAUGGAUGGCUAAAGCGAUAUCAGUCUUUAGGCAAGGGGAAAGACUACUCACAGCCACAAUAUGUCCCUUCCGACUUGUCAUCCGAUCUUUCGGUAUGUGGGAAUGAAGAUGAGAACCGAAAAACCAUGGAACUGAUUCGCUGUGCCGAGCACCAAGAGUUGUUGCGGCAUCAUUAUUCAGGCUAUUCCUCCAGUUCGGCGGAGGACACUGCUCCGAUGGAUCAGCAACUUUUGCAACAAAGAAAAGAGGAGCGGCGAUUAAUGGAGCAGAAGGAAGAGAGAGAGAGUCAACAACGCAAACGCACCGCUUCUGCGAGAGAAAACGAGGAGAGGGAGGAGAAGAAGCAAGUUCAAUUCACACUUGCGAGGGCUAUGGGUCUUAUCUCUCAUCUCGGCGAUAACGGUUACAGUCAACGCCCUUCGCUUCCUGAGUACGAUGAUGAUGGCCCGGUGGCCGACAACAUAUCAUCGGAUUCUUCCUCAUCCGAAAAGUCGGACGUGCCUUUUACGAGUAAGAAGAAACAGCAUCGUUCCUCUGCCAAUGAAGAUGGCAGCGAAGUGACCGAAGCAUCACCGCCUCCGGCCUUGCUCCCACAAGCAGUACCAGUGUCCAAGAAGGACUUAUCGUCAGAGUCUUCUUUGAAUUUGACGCCUGUAGUCUUGAUCUCUCCGGAUCCACCGGGAUCGAUAUCACCAAAAUCUCCUUUACCAAUGGCAGCCAUCACUCCAGUUGUGCCAUUCAGAAGGAGUCCUCGAAUUAUGGCGAAACGUGAUGCAAGUGCUGGCGCUCAGCAAGGCAGAACCAAAGCUGAAAUGAGGGGCAGGAAUGAUGCCAGGUCGGUGCCGAAGAAGCGUCGAAAAUAGAAGGUGGAUGGCGGUUGUUAGAUAAAGGUGGAGCUUUUAUUUGAUGCAGCAGACAUGUCGGUAG